CCCAGGACGACAGACUGCGGGUCGAGGCGAAAUCUCAGCACAGUCGGGAUGACAGGACAGCAAGCCAGGAUCGGUCAGCUAAAAACAUGAUAAAUUAACUAACAAGGCAACAUAGUUAGUACACGAGUAACUAUGAAAAACAGCUGAUAAUGUAGCGUUGGUUUGUUUGAGGUGGGGUCAGUAUAAAUUUAGUUUUUCCUACUGUCGGCACGGACGCCUCAGGCUAACUUUAUGUUAGCAACAUUAGCUUGCUGAUUUUAAAAUAGUUAACUCAGCCAGCGUAACCUGAUUUGACGUGGCCUGAGAGCUGCAGUGUAUCGUACGAUUACACUUUAGAAAGAGAGAUAAACCGUAGUGUUGGAAGUUUUAAUGAAGUGGAGAGACCAUGUCGUCGAUGGUGUUUGAUUGGACAACAUAUGAAGAGGAGCUCUUCUGACUUCUGUCAACAAGCUCGCUGACGUUAGCUGUCCUGGUUAGCGAGCUAGCUCUCCCGCUAACAUGGCCAACACGGAGAAUGGACGUCGGCAAUCUGCGGAUACCAGGAGUAUCCGGACAAUAAGUAGCUCUCACAUGGACGAUGAAAGCUCUCUGGGAUCCGACUCGGAGAUCAAUGGGUUCACCAGCGACAGACAAACAGAUAAAUAUGGAUUUAUUGGAGGGGCGCAGCAGUGCACGGAGGGGCAAACUCGGGAAGUUCCUCCAGAGGUGCUCAGACAGAGGGAGGUGAAGUGGCUGGAUAUGCUUGGCCAAUGGGACAAGUGGAUGAUCAAGAGAUUCAAUAAGGUGAGGCUGAGGUGCCAGAAGGGAAUUCCUCCUGCCCUCCGAGGCCGUGCGUGGCUUUACCUGUCAGGGGGUAAGAUGAAGAAAGAGCAGAACAACGGAAAGUUUCAGGAGCUUGACAGCCAGCCUGGAGACCCCAAAUGGUUGGAUGUGAUUGAGAAAGACCUCCAUCGACAGUUUCCCUUCCAUGAGAUGUUUGUGUCACGGGGGGGACACGGGCAGCAGGACCUGUUUCGUGUCCUUAAGGCCUACACUCUGUACAGACCGGAGGAGGGGUACUGUCAGGCUCAGGCUCCUAUCGCUGCUGUUUUGCUUAUGCACAUGCCUGCCGAGGAUGCCUUCUGGGGGCUGGUCCAAAUUUGUGAGAAGUAUCUUCCUGGCUACUACAGUCCCGGCCUGGAAGCAAUACAGUUGGAUGGAGAGAUCCUGUUUGCUCUGCUGCGACGUGUCUCCCCACUAGCCUACCGCCAUCUGGAGAAACACAAGAUCGACCCCAUCCUCUACAUGACUGAAUGGUUCAUGUGUGCCUUCUCCAGGACGCUGCCCUGGGCCUCUGUGCUGCGUGUCUGGGACAUGUUCCUCUGUGAUGGGGUGAAGAUAAUCUUGCGUGUGGGUUUGGUUCUGCUGAAGUGCAUGCUGGGUACCCGAGAGAAGCUGAAGGCCUGCCAGGGCCAGUAUGAAACCAUGGAGCUCCUCAGGGCCGUGGAGCCUCGGUACAUGCAGGAGGGCUUCCUUGUCCGAGAGAUCAUUGAAGUACCAGUGACGGCACGAGACGUGGAAAGAGAGCAUCACACCCAGCUGAAGCGCUGGAGGAAGAACCGCGGAGAGCUGAACUUCAAACCACCCCCAAGGAUGCACGGCGCUCGGCUCAUAAUGUUGGCCGAGCCGCCGAGGCGCCAGGACCUGCAGCAGAACCCCACCAUCGUGCUCGAGGUGCCGCAGCCCACCCCCAAGCUGAAGACGGGCAAAGAGGAUAGGAAAAGCAAGAAAAAGAGAAGCAUUAAGAAAGCGCCCCCUAUUGAUGAGAUCCCUAAUCCUUACUCUCUGCCCAAUGACCCUCCACCACCACCCUCGACUCCGCCAGCCCCUCCUCCCAUCAGAAGAGGGACCCUAGAGACUGUGCCAGAGACUGAAACAGAAGUAUUUCACCAGCAGCCUCCUACAGACCCUCCUCCUGCCAAAGAAUCUCCUCUUCAGCGCUCCACACAAAGCCUCAGCAGCACAGAGCAGGACACAUACCUGUAGCUCUGUAGCAGUUUGUAAAUGUUUGUGUGUGUGUGUGUGUGUGUGUGUGUGUGUGUGUGUGUGGGCAAAGCACCAGCACUCUUUAGCCAACUACCAGCCAGCCUUGCCAAGGUCUCUGAUUGGCCGGCAUAACCUUAAUUCAAGCGUUGGACUGUUUUGUAUUCAUGUAUUCAGUUUAGACACCAUUUUGCCUAUGAUAUUAUCGAUCUACACGAAGGCAUCAUUGCUAAGUGUUGAAAUAGGUUAAUGCUUUUCACUCUUUUGGUGCUUGAUGCUCUUAUUCAGAACUUAAGUCUUAUUUUGUGUUUGCACGGGAGACAUGUUACUGAGUCAUUGGGAGUCAUUUCUUCUGGGCAGUGUGUUUUCAGGUCUUAAAUGGGAGGUGCCACAGCUAAGGCUGUUUCUUGCUUACAUUCCCACUCAUUUUCAACACGAUUGAGAUCUUUUGAACUUAAACUGUGCAGCAGGUGGUGUAAACUCUAUGAUUUUCUGAGACCUACAUUUUUAGUCCACUAGAGGGCAGCCUUGCAAAGUUACAUUACAUGUAAGGAAAGCUGAUAACAGAUGGGAUGACAUUCUUUGAAGGAUUCCUUAAGUUUUGGGGUGUUAUUGGGAAACUUGUGCAUUUCAUUUUUGUAUUCUUGAUCAUCUUCCUGAGUUGAUGAAAUUGAGUCACACAGCAUUGUCUUUUCUACAAGCACUAUUUAUUUAAUAAUAGUUAAUACAUAAAUAUAUAUAUUUUUGUGCAUGUCCUGCUAGUGCACGUAUGGUCAUAUAUCUUCUUCAUCUAUUGAAUUGAUGUGGCUUAAUUCUGUAAACUCCAGAAAUUCAUUGUGCCAAGCACUUCCAGCCACUUUAGAGCAGCAUUAUCUCAUGAUGUAGGUUUGGCAGCAGAGAAGACAAAACUGGACAUUCUUCCCAUACGACACAUUCUUGCCUUGUUUGGAGCUUAUCAAUGGAAGAGCUGUCUCUUGCCAAAUGCUAAUCUGUGUCAUAUAUGUGAUAUUGCUUUUGUUCACUGUGACACCUUGGACCGUUAGAAAAUCACCUACUGGUGCUGAUCUUUGUGUUAGAAUCGCUCAAAUAUCCAGAUGGAGCCAAGAAGAUCCUUUAUAGCGCUGGGCUAUUUUUCUUCAAUCAUUUGCUAGAAUUUCCAAAGCAGAUCAAGACAGUGUUGUUUUGUGAUCACCCAUGACCGCUACCUGUGACCAGCCAAUUCAAUUAGUACAGCCGAGAGGGAUCAUGUGAUUUCAAGGCAUUUUGGGAUAUUUGUAGCAUUUCCUUUUUUAAAGCUGACUAAUUUCUUUGGGAGUUACGGAGACAUGCAGGGUUGGGACUCUUCCUUUCAAAACUUAUUGGACAAUCUCUUUUGUAACAGCUAAGUCUGUUUUCUAACUUUCAUCACAAUGACUAAAGGUAAAGGGAGUUCAACAAGCAUAAGUAUGCAGGUGUUUAAUGUGUCUGUGUAACUAAUAAUACAACAAUGUCCCUGGUCAAAAAAAAGCAUGUGUAAAAAAACAAGGAGGGUUAAAAAGAUAAUUCAUCUUUAAGCAAACACUAUUCUGUAUGCAAUAGUUUUUCAAACUUCUUUUAUUACACACCUCACAUUUCUUUCAUCCUAUUUUUUAAUUUAAUGCUCAUUGUGUAGAUAUGACGUGUAAAAUAACAAUUUGUUUUGUAAUGAAAUCUAUUUUUCAAGCGGUAAUGCUAUAUUUCAUUGAGAAGUUACAGAAGCUGAUCCCUAAAUCUUUCAUUUGUCAGACAGUAUAGGUCAGAGAUGUACAGUUCAUCUGAAAAUCGUGAGUUUUGGUUGAAAGUUUUCUUUCUAGAAAUACAGAUGGAUAUAAUUUUACCAUUCAGAUCCGGAUUAAUAGAAAAAUGUAUUUGACAAGCAUGGGGCAGUAUUCAUCAAUGUGAGUUUAAAUUCUGCAAAUAAAUUUGUGUGUAAAGCUGU